AUGGGACCUAAGCACCAAGUGAAAAGCCCAUUUGUUGUCGUGCUGUUCCCGAAUGAAAACUCUGUUGAGGCAAUCCCGUCAUCUCUUCUGUUCGAUAACGAAACAAAGUGUAAAUGGCCAAAGAAGGACGAUUUGGUAGUUUUCAAUGUUAUUUAUUCAAUUGAUUUAAUUAAUAAUAAUUUUGGUAACUUAUUUUAUAUAGCUACAUAUGAGGAGGCCACUGAUGGAUUGAAAUUAGCUGAAGCUACGUCAGAUAUCGAAACUAAAUCAGAUCAGCAACAGCAUAGGACCAGAAAAAGAAUUGCUUCUCGGCCAUCCCCAAAAUCAAAUUCGUCAGCCGGAUCAGAUGAGGAGGAGGAAAUACCGGUCAUUUUGAAUCCUAGUGUUGUGGUCUCAGCCGAAGAUGAUGCCGACUUUAGCCCAGAAAGCAUUGUUGAGCCGGAUGGAAAUUUUCUUGUACCGCCAAGUGUUUCGGUCGCUCCUUCAAUAACCGUGGCUCCAGCUUAUCAAGUCGCGGGGGAUCAUCAACAAUUUCAGCAGUCCUCUCAAACCAUUCUUUUGAAUUUGGAUGGUUCAUUUAAUUUAAAUUCUCAAAAUACGGCCCUUUCACACCCAGCAACAGUUUCUAUCCCUGUGCCAGGGCCAUAUACAACCAGCAGUGGAGACUUAACUUUGGGAUUUCAGCAGGUUGUUAUCAAUCAUCUUGCAGCAAUUGAGAAGGAACAGAAAGAUAUUCGGGGGCUUCUAACAGAGAUUAAAAGGAAUCAAGAGUCAGGAGUGUCGCCAAUUGCUAGGCCUGUGCUGGAUUUCUCUACUCUUCCUCGAUUUCCAUUAAAUAACGAGGGAGAACUUGGCGCCUUUGAGACACGACUUCAACUUGUGGAUGAAUACAAUUUAUUUGUAAUUGCUUAAUAGUUCAAU